UGUUCUUUCAUUUGAUGUAAUAAUUAACAUUGUUCUUAAUUGCUUGGGAUGAGAUUAGAUUUCCCUUAAACCUUUCGCUUUCUAGAUAUUGAAAUAAUUUGUAUGUUUGUCAACUUUGUGUGAUAUCUUAUGUCUAGAUAAUUCCCAUCUGCAAGAAGUUGUGAUGUUUUUUGCUUUCAUAAAUAUUGUUAUUGGUUUUCUCAAAGAUACUGUUGCCGACUUGCCGUUGUAAAUACCAUUGUUGGUUUUCUCAAGAUAAUGUUCUUCUGCAAUUAUAUUAUUGCCGCCCAAAAUGACAAUUCUAUUUCUCUUCUGUUUCAGGUUCCCAGAUAAGAUUGGAGGAAACUUGGCAGGAGUUCAUUAUAUUCGGGACGUUGCAGAUGCCAAUUCGCUUAUAUCAUCACUGGUAAUGUGUAAUUGUUGUGCCAACUUGGAAUUAAUAUUACAAGACACUCACACGGAGAAAGCAAAGAAAGUCGUCGUCAUCGGUGGUGGUUACAUUGGCAUGGAAGUUGCAGCAGCAGCAGUUGGUUGGAAACUCGAUACCACUGAAUUCCAACUGCUUCCUAAACUUGCAAGAAGCCAGCCGUCUGUUGACAUUGCAAAGCUUCGGAAAGCUUCUUCAAUAGAGGAGGCGUUGGAAAUCGCACAAUCUUCGUUACAUGUUGAAGUUAAGGUUUUAGUAUGUUUCAUGUGUAGGCAUGUAGAAUGGAUGUAUGCAUCCCCAGCUCUACCUUACUGUAUAAUAAACUCGGCCCUUCUUUCAGCGAUUUUACCGUCUUUCAUGUUUGUUGAGAAGAAGGUAGAAUUUUGCCUAAUAAAAGUUUUACAUUCUUAAUUUGAAAAUAAA